GGCGGACGCCACGUUGUCUUCCGAAGACGAAGAAAUCGAAACCCCUUUGAAACUACAGUUAGCAGGGGAGCUUCGCUCGUGGAGCCUGAAAAGGCUUCGACUUCCCGAAGGCGGAAAGCAAUUGUGAACAGUGGUCAAUAGAGUGUUUUCACAUGACGUCACAGCGGCCAUAUUGGUGUCCCAAAACAAUGAAACGGCGGCCAUGUUGGUGUCCCAAACCAAUCCUCUGGGAGUUGAACACUUUUCUUAUGCAAACGCUUUCUUUUGUUUCAAUAAAUUUGCAUAGAUGCUGGCCACGUGAGUGAAAACACUCUAUACAAAGCUAGUCGAGAGCAUAAGAAUCCCAACUCCAAAACGUCUGUUUGGGACAGGAUUAAAGAAUUUCCUAGACAACAUCUCGAGUGUGUUCGUGGACAGGUAAGAUGCAAUGCUUGCCAAGAGACACUCGCUCGGAGAAAGAGCACUUUUGAGAAACACGUGAAGUCGAAAAAGCACUUGAAGGGAAUCUCAAGCAUCGCUAAAAUUAAGUAUUGUUAUUAA